AGCGUGUGGGUCACAAAACUUCCAUAAAUAAUAUAAUUUCACUAUCGUCCCUCUUUAGUUAUCAAAUUGCUCUUUUAUGCUUGGGGUAUGAGCAAACAGCUCUUUCUAUAUAUCUCACUGAUCUUAAGCUUCUUCCUUCUUCAUCUUCACCCUCCUUCCAUGCUAAGCAAACGAUGCUUCAACCCAAUAAUAAUCUCCUUUCUUUAAUCAUCACUUUCAUCAUGUUCUGGUCAUGGUCGACACUUAACGGCGUCGUUUCCGACCCACAGGCCAAUCUCUUAAACAAAGGAUGCACCCCAUCCAACGCGUUCGCCGUGUCCAGCUUCUCCAUCUUCAGUGGCAAUGUGAACGAAACGUUUCGAGACAUCAGAGAGCAGAUUGUCGGCAUGAACAAGCACUUCGCGACGGCGCAGAAAGCAAACCCAGAAAACCCCGUUUUCACCCUUUUUCAGUGCAGAGACUACCUCUCCAUUCAUGACUGUGUCACCUGCUUCGACGUCGCUGCCGUACAUAUUCGCCAAUGCCCUGCCGGAGCACAAGGUGGCCGUGCCGUCUACGAUGGCUGCUUCCUCAGGUACGAGAUCAGUGCUUUCUUUGACCAGACACUGGACAGUUUCAAUGCCGUAUUGUGUGGUAAUCAAACUGUAAGGGAAUCCACCACAUUAUUUACCUCAGUUGGGCAACAAGCGCUCAUGAAUCUGCAAACAACAACACCCAAAAAGCAAGGGUUUUUCGUGACAACAAAAGCACAAUUAUUGCCUGAUAAUAAUAAUAAUGGUACAACUAUUUAUGCUUUUGCUCAGUGUAUUGAAACUAUCACACAGCGUGGGUGUGAAGAUUGCUUGAAGGCUGGUUAUAGCAAUUUGCAGACUUGUCUUCCAAAUUCUAGUGGUAGGACUGAAGCUAAUGGGUGCUUCAUGAGAUACUCCACCACUUCCUUCUUUCCAGAUAAUAACCAGACGUUUCAUAUUGUACCCUUGAUCAAGCAAGGUUCAAAUAAGAAGGGUACCAUUAGAGGAGUAAUUGUUGGAAGUGCAGCUUUUGUUUUGAUCCUUCUUACACUAUUAGCUUGGAUUAAACGACCAAAAAGACCUAAGAGAUCAGUUCCUAGGGGAGACAUAUCUGGAGCAAGUAAGUUGGAAGGCCCAAUUCAUUUUAGUUAUUGGGAGCUGAAGUCUGCUACUAAAAGUUUCAGUGCAGAAAAUAAACUUGGAGAAGGAGGAUUUGGUGCUGUGUAUAAGGGUACUUUGAAGAAUGGGAAAGUAGUUGCUGUAAAGAAAUUAACUUUACGCCAGUCUAAAAAGGUGGAAGAAGAAUUUGAAAGUGAAGUGAAGCUUAUAAGCAAUGUUCAUCACCGAAAUCUCAUUCGACUGCUCGGAUGUUGCAGUGAAGGUAAAAACAAAGGUUCUCUUAGUUGGAAGCAGCGUUAUGAUAUAAUUUUAGGAGUAGCAAGGGGUUUGGCUUAUCUACAUGAAGAAUUUCAUGUUCGUGUCAUACAUAGAGACAUAAAGACUAACAACAUUCUCUUAGAUGAUGAUCUCCAACCAAAAAUUGCUGAUUUUGGCUUAGCAAGGCUUUUACCAGAAGAAAAAUCUCAUCUUAGCACAAAAUUUGCUGGAACAUUGUAA